GUGAAGAAGAAAAAGUUGUUUCUCCUCUUGAUUUCUCGCCGGAUCCUUACAAUUGGGACGAGAUUGUACUCUCCUCCCACCGCCGGUGGAAAUGUCCGUUGGGGAUGAUGGUGCCCAACGUCAUGAUGCUGCCUUCCUAUAAUAAUGAUGUUGUCAAAAUUAGCAAUGACCGAUCGCCGCGUUCUGCCCGCUGUAGGGGCCGUCGGUGGCGUCAGUCUCGGACUGUUACUGCGGUGGUUGCAGUUGUCGCGCUUCUUUUCUCCACCACUGCAUGGUUUUCACUUGUCUUCUCUGGCACCACCAGCACCCGCAGCUGGCGCCGCUUCAAGGAAUGGGAAGGCAGUCCCAUUUCCAUCUCUCGUUCUCUCCCCUGGUCCAAUCGCCGUUCUCGCGCUUAUUUUGGUAGUCGUUUUCGCCAUCCAUCAGUUGAGCCACCUCCUCCGAGUCGGAUCAUUCAACCGCCAACGCCGGCCAUUCCCCGCAAUCGCAGCCUCUCGGAGCGUGGGAAGGGUGGAAAUGAGUUGUCUUUGAACCAUAUAGUUUUUGGAAUCGCGGGAUCGUCGCAUCUCUGGAAACGGCGUAAGGAGUUUGUGAGACUCUGGUGGCGUCCGGAGGACAUGCGAGGCCACGUUUGGGUGGAAGAGCAGGUGCCUGCAGAAGAAGGUGACGAUUCCCUUCCUCCGCUCAUGGUCUCCGAGGACAUCUCCCGUUUUCGGUACACUAAUCCCACUGGUCAUCCUUCCGGCCUACGGAUCUCUCGCAUUGUUACCGAGUCCUUCAACCUCGGACUCUCCGAUGUGCGGUGGUUUGUUCUGGGUGAUGACGACACCAUCUUCAACACUGACAAUCUCCUGGCGGUGCUAAGCAAGUAUGAUACCUCCGAGAUGGUUUAUAUCGGCAGCCCAUCAGAAAGCCACUCUGCCAACGCCUAUUUCAGUCACUCUAUGGCAUUCGGUGGAGGUGGAAUUGCCAUCAGCUAUCCUCUUGCAGAGGCCCUUACGAACUUCCACGAUGAGUGCAUUGAAAGGUAUCCAAAAUUUUAUGGAAGCGAUGAUCGUCUCCAUGCCUGUAUUACUGAACUUGGUGUUCCUCUCACAAGAGAGCUUGGUUUCCACCAGUGGGAUAUAAGAGGCAAUGCCCACGGUCUUCUAUCCUCUCAUCCAAUUGCACCAUUUGUCUCAAUUCAUCAUGUUGAAGUUGUUGAUCCAUUUUUUCCUGGUUUGAGCUCGUUGGAUAGUUUGAAACUCUUUACAAAGGCCAUGAAAGCUGAGCCCAGAAGCUUUUUGCAGAGAUCAAUCUGCUACGACCAUGCUAGGCAUCUUACAUUUUCAGUUUCACUUGGUUAUGUUGUCCAAGUGUUCCCAGACAUUGUGCUACCUCGUGAGCUUGAGCGCUCAGAACGGACUUAUUCUGCCUGGAAUGGAUUGAGACAGAGUCAUGAGUUUGAUCUUGACAUUAGGGAUCCUUAUAAGUCAGUUUGUAAAAAGCCCGUAAUAUUUUUCCUCAAAGAUGUGGGAAAAAAUGGUAAUACUACAUGGGGUUCAUAUAGAAGAGCCAAAGGAAAGGGUGAUCUAAAGAGAAAGCUCUUCUGCUUCCCACGUUCACCUCCACUGCAGAAUGUGCAGAAUAUCCAAGUGAUAGGAUAUCCUCUUAGGAAGAACUGGCAUUUGGUGCCUCGUCGUCCAUGCUGCAAAGUUAGCCAUAGCAGUGAUGAACUCCUUAGGUUAACAGUUGGGGAGUGUGAAAAGGGAUCCCUCAGCCCUGUUGUUGACGCUUUGUGAAUAUUGAGACUUUGAGAGGAAUGCCAGUGCUUUGCUUUCUACUUUAUGCUACUUCAGCCCCAUAGAAAUUAUGUCCGUCUGGCAACAAUUCUUGUCAAGUGACAUUGGGCAUUUUCAAUCCAUUCUUCAACAUUUCAGAUCUUAGAGUGCUUCAUUGUACACAGUUGAGUUGAAGGUCAGAUGCAAAACUUCAGCUCAGUUAUUUCAUUCUUUGCCUUCAUUUUUGUUCAGAAGGUAAUUGAUCAUAUUACUAAUAGCUAACAUUUUGAACUGCUGAGUGAAGUGGUAGUUGUUUGAUAAUAUGAAACACCAGAUCUUAUUUUCUUUUUGAUGAUUCUGUCAGUGCAAAUGGAUUUAUUGUAUUUUACAUUUAUUUGAGAAGAGAUAGAAGGUUGAGCAAAAGACAGGAAAGACUGAAAGAGAAUUAAAUUUGGAAGAAAGAAUAAACAAGAUGGUAAGGUUUUAUCCAGCUGGUAGUUAGGGAAUAAAUGCACUCCAAAAUACAGUUGAGCUGAUGGU